AUGGAAUAUUCUUGUGGCAAUCACUGCACCGCACCUUUCUUGCGCUCUUCUUCCCACCCCGCCCUCGCCGCGACUCUUGCUUACACCUCUCCGGACUGGCUUGUGUGCCCCGCUUGCUACGACCUGCAACUACAGAUCCAGGUGGUCACCGGGCACCAGAACGACCUGCACUCGGAGCUGGACGCGUGCUUUACCCCGAAAGCGCAGUACGUCCUGUCGUCCUGUCCAGCCCGGAUGACAACGAACGGCAUCUACCCGCUGUACGCUUGGCCAACGGAAGACGACACACUUGCCACAAGAUACUCUCCCAAGGGGCACUCGUCCGAGGUUGGCGAGGUCAUCGCGAGCGCAUGGUAUGCCAGAAGGGAGCUCUCAUGCACAAGCUCGUGUGGUUCUGCACUUCGCGCCGAGGGCGAGGAGAUUUGUUUUCCAUACCCCGCCCUCCACAGCCAGAGGCCCAACAAAGAAGAGCCGGAUUGCAAUUGCGGCUCGCCAUUGUGCCGCGGGAAGAUGUUUCAACGCUAA